UGGAAUUCAGUUGUGAGUUUUCAUCCGAAUCGUUCUGUUGUGUGUUUUAAAGUUUCGGUUUGUUUGUGAGAAAUUUCAAAGAUUUACAAAAAUUUACCAAAACUAGUACAAGUGUUUAUAAAUGAAAAUAAAAUAUUGUAUUCGCGUGUUGUGUGACUAAUUUUCAAGUGUGGUUAAAAGAAUUUGAAUUGUGUUAAUGGCGUCAACGCGGCACCGCUGUUUGUUUCAAAAGGUAAAAAUCGCUUGCUGCGCUGCUUAGUAGUCUAAGCUGCGCCGACGCCAAGGACUGCUGUACAAGUGCGAAAGAGAAGCAGUGAUAUUUUUGUCUGUUGUUUGACGCGUUCAAACCUGGAAUUCCAAAAGAAACGACGAAAUUCUGCAUGUGAAAAACGACGCAAAGAAAAAUAACAAAUUUGGAUAUAAAAUUUGCAAAACAGAAUUUCAGUUGCAAUGAGCAUUGAAUAACAAAUAAUUCUGUUUAUGUGUGCCAAUUGUUGGAAUUGAGUUACUAAAAAGUUGUAAUUACAGUGAAAAGCAAAACUAAUAGCCGCCAAACAAGUGAAGGAUUAAGUUACCUUAAGGAUUAUUUAAGCGAUCUGAAUGCAAGUCUCAUUUUGGAAAACGGUAAUUAAAAAAUCCGCAAUAUUCAUGAAUAUUAUAAUAGGAUUGCCCAAGCGCUUCCCUCGUAAACGAAACGCAAAUGCAUGCAGCACUUCCAGCUGAUUCGUUCGCCAGAUUUUAGCAGCUAAGCAGAUAAUGACACACGAUAGAAAAAUGCUCGAUCGAGAAGCCGUACGCUCUGUCAUCCAGCAAUGGAAUGCGAAUCGUUUGGAUUUGUUCGCCUUAUCCGAACCGGAUGAGAAUCUAUUAUUUCAUGGCGUUAUGCGAUUUUAUUUCCAAGAUGCUGGACAAAAGGUCGCUACCAAGUGCAUUCGUGUUGCCUCCGAUGCCACAGUUUCCGAUGUUAUUGAUACCCUCAUCGAAAAAUUCCGUCCCGACAUGCGUAUGCUGUCAGUGCCAAAUUACGCCCUCUAUGAGGUGCAUGCGAAUGGCGAAGAACGCCGCUUGAAUGCCGAUGAAAAGCCAUUGCUAGUACAGUUGAAUUGGCAUAUCGAUGAUCGCGAGGGUCGGUUUUUGCUCAAGAACAUAGACCAAAAAACUACGCCAAUCGAACAGUCAGAUAUGAACUUCAAACGGAAACUGUCUAAACGUGAGAAGAAAGAACAAAAAAAGAAAGAAAAACUCGCAAAAUUAAAUUCUGAAUCGACAACUGGUGGUUUUAAUGGAGGCAUAGCUAAAGGUUGCGGCGAGGGUGAAACCCAGGUGGCCGGUAAACUUUACACCGAAUUGCCGGAGACAUCAUUUACACGGUCAAUUUCGAACCCAGAAGCUGUUAUGCGUCGACGACGACAACAAAAACUGGAGAAAAAGUUACAACAAUUUCGGUCACGUGACGGCGGACCUGACACCGGUGGUACAUUGAAGAUUUACGGUGAGAGCUUAUGCCAAGAUGUUCCAUAUAAAACGUUGUUGCUGUCCAUACGCGACUGUGCGCAAGCGGUCGUUAGGGAAAUGCUGUCAAAAUACGGUCUAGACAAAGCUGAUCCUUUACACUAUUGUUUGGUGCAGGUGAAUAGUGAUGGCACAGAAUAUAUACUCGACGAUGAUGAAUGCCCGCUAUCGAUACUGAUGAAUCACCCAACGUCACGAGGUUCAAUUAUGUUCCAUGUGAGACGGCGUCCAGCGGACUCUCAACCUCGACGGCGCAAGAAAAAACCAUUAGGUGCCUCAAAUGGAGCAAACAGCAUAUCCAGCGAUCGAGAAGGCGCAGUUUUGGUGGAAGUAACACAUAGUGGCGAUGGGGGUCGUCGCAUUAAAUUGGGCAAUGACCCUAUAGAGGUUGGUUCCGCAAACACGAACACCCUGCAGCUGUUUGGACCAUCAAUUCAAGCGCGUCAUUGCCUGAUUUCAUUGCUGGAAGGUGUUUGCACUGUGACUCCAUUACAUGCUGAUGCCCUCACCUUCGUCAAUGGUCACCACAUAACCCAACCUACUAUUUUGCAUAAUGGCUCUGUUGUCAUGUUUGGACGCGUGGCCUCAUACAGAUUUGUGGAUUCGCCCACCGAUGGACGUUACAACUUGGCAUUGUCACAGUCACAAUUGGACUCAGCGUGCCUGUACGAAAGCCGCUCGCCAACUUCGCCCGGCUCAUGGAACGACGAAGAUGGCGCAUUGAAUUCUGUACAAAAGAACGAAAGUGGAGGCAACAGCAACAAUAGUGGAAAUAGCGGUGGUGGUGGUGCAAAUGUCGCCGAGCAUACGUUGGGCUUGCGCGAUCAAGAUGAGGCCAAAAUGCGUUAUGGUGACCAUCACAGCCACGCCGGCAGCACAGCCUUUGAUGGUCAAAGUAUUGAGGGUAACUUGGAAAAUGAAACCAAGUCCAUUUCAAGCUUAAAAUCUGGCGGCUCGAAUAGCCAGGAGAGAUCGCCGAAAAUUACGAGCGCCUCGGAGAAUCAAGGACAGGAAGCAAUUUUGCCUGCCGUCUUGGAAUUUCCUGAGACACAUCAGGAACUAUUCCUUAGACACAUUAUAACGGAGCUGGAUGUGAAUGCGCCGCACUUUAAAUUGGCGCCGGUGUACUCACUAUAUUUGUGUGCCAGAUAUCGUGCAUCUACUCACUACCGUCCGGAACUACAACCCACUGAACGUGCCCACAAAUUAACAAUAUUUCUACAUCAUGUGGCGAAUUUGAUUUACACAGUUGUACAGGAACAAUAUUCUGAUCCACGCAUUUUGGCCUUUUGGAUGGCUAACAGCUCAGAGUUCCUACACUUCCUAAAAUCGGAUCGUCACAUAAGCGCUUUUAGCGUGCAAGCUCAGGAGGUGCUUGCUGAAAGUGUCCAAACUGCAUUUCGUAAUUUGGUGAACUGCUUUCGCAUGGAAUUGUCACAGACCUUGAAUCAGUUCCUCUCCGAAACCAUUGACCAUGACUCUGCUGCCGGACUGGUGCUGACCGUACUUGGUUCGGCAAUGGCAUUGCUGCGUCGUUGUCGCGUAAAUGCAGCGCUAACCAUCCAACUAUUUAGCCAACUAUUCCAUUACAUUAAUGUAAUUUGCUUUAAUACGAUUGUGGCUAACUCUCACAUGUGCACGGCAGAAUGGGGCAAAGUAAUGUCCGAGCGCCUGCAAUUGCUGGAGUUGUGGGCCGAGCGUCAAGGACUUGAACUAGCAGCCGAUUGCCAUUUGGCAAAAAUAAACCAGUGUGCGCAAUUUCUGCAAGCGCCCAAGUCAUCUGUGGAAGAGAUACAACAGCUGGCUUGCUCUUGCUUCCGUUUGAACUCAUUGCAAAUGGCCGCAUUGCUACAGCAAGAGAAAAUACCGCGAAAUCUGGUGGACACUGCAAUAAGGAUGGCCGAGUCGGUCGCAGAUGAACUUACGCGUUCCGAUGGUCGGGAAGUACGUUUGGAAGAAUUACCAGAAUUGCAUUUAGCUUUGCUGUUGCCCGACGACGGGUUUAGUUGUGACGUUGUGCGCGGUAUACCGUCCGGUUUGGUAGAUUUUCUGAAUCCACUUCAACAACAAGGCAUGUGCCGCCUGGCUGCGCAGCCAACAUCCAUUGGGCUAUGGACCGUUUACAUGCACCAAUUCAAUGCGCGGUCAUCCAGCGCUAUGUCCAACAAACUACCGCAACCCGAGGUCCAGGUAAUCAAGUUGCAUAAGAAUGCAAAUGGUAUGGGUCUGUCCAUUGUUGCAGCUAAAGGCGCAGGCCAGGAACGCUUAGGCAUCUACAUAAAGAGCGUCGUGCCUGGCGGUGCCGCUGAUGCAGAUGGUCGUCUGCAAGCUGGCGAUCAGCUGUUGCGCGUUGACGGUCAGAGCCUGAUUGGCAUAACCCAAGAAAAAGCGGCAGACUAUCUUGUGCGCACCGGCCCGAUAGUAACUUUGGAGGUGGCAAAGCAAGGAGCUAUUUAUCAUGGCUUAGCGACCUUAUUGCAACAACCAAGUCCAGUCAUAGCACGUGGUAAUCGCCGCAUGUCUGAGCGUGAUCUUACACGAAUGGGCGUUCAAGAUUCGAAAAACGUUGGCCCCCUAAUAACUAAUAACCAUUUGUCAAAUAGUAAAUCGGUACCUGCACUGCAUCAUCACACCGGAAGCGGUACUAUUUCCAUGAACGCUUCGAAAUCACGCAGCACUCACAGCCUUGUCACCAAUACCAAUACCAGCAGCAGUAUCACUGGCGGUGUUAACAGCCUAAACAACAACGAGCAGGGCUUCUAUCAGAACCUAAGCGUUUACCGUGCACAAAAUCAAAGCCAGCCGAUUUUAGCCGAAAGACCACCAGUGCCGUUACAUUCUACAAUGAACACAUACAAUGGAAAUUCCUCUCACAACAGUCCGAAUCCAUUAUUAUCGCCACCAAAUGGAAGCACGUCAAUGCAUCAUCCGGCGUUUGCAGCGCAACAACACCAUUCAUCAAUAACUUCACCUUCGGGAUCGAACAUGCCACCCACCCGUCCAGCUUCAGCCUAUUAUCACAAUGCCUCUAAUUCCAAUAGCAGCGGAGCAGCACCGACAAGCAAUAAUCAAUUGCAACCGCAUUUGGUCUCUCAUCAACAGCAACAACAAUUCACACACCACACGCAGAACAUGAGUGCAAGCAGCAGCAACUUGAAUAGCGGCAAUAUGUCAGCAGCGGCUCUUCAACAGCAAUACCAGCAACAUCAGCAGCAGCAGCAGCAACAACAACAACACUUGUCACAAAUGGCGCCACAUUCUUCACUGACGAUGGGAAAUCGAUCGAGGAGCACCCAGAAUUUCAAUCGAGACAUGCAGAAUCAGCAUAGUUUGCGCAUGCAACAAAUGAUGGCUCCCUCAAUGCCGAACAUCAGUAAUGUAUAUACGCAACAGCAUAUGUCAGCUAGCCAGAGCAUGCAGAAUGUGAAUAUGAGCGGAGUGGACGCUGCAUUGGCGUACCAAAAUGGCGCCGGAGGUGAUCUUUAUAUGCAGCAGCAACACCAGCAACAGCAACAGCAGCAGCAGCAGCAACAUUCACCAGCCGGUCAGUCGCUACGCCGCAAUCUGCGGCACGAGAUGCUAUCGCAGGGUGGCAACGAAGGUUCGCAGCCAUCUCCCAAUGCAAAGCAACAACAGAACUUUGUAUCUUUGCCACCAAAACCGGGCAGCUUGCAACAAGUGUCCCCAACGAAGCAGCAGCAACAACAAACUCAACAAUUACCGCCAACAGCACCGAAGCCACAGCCAAAUCGUAUGCAGCAGCAGCAGCAGCAACAACAAUAUAUGCAACACCAACAACAACAGCAGCAACACCAACAACAUGCAGUGUAUCAGCAGCACGUCGAGGAUAAGCCACCGCUGCCGCCAACGGCCACGCAUCCGCUGUACAAACCGUCGCAGCAAAUAACCCCCGGUAUGAAUUACGUUGCCAGCACAUUAGAUCCGCCUAAGGGUAGCUACGUGCCCAUAUCAUCGACAGCAGCAGCAAUGCAAAACCAGAAAAACUUCUUGGGUACCAAUCCUUGGGAGCGUGAAGAGCGCGAAAAGGAGGUAGAAAUGCGACGAGAGCAUAUACGCCAAUGGAGAGAGCAACAAAUUGCAGACCUUUCUUCUCUGCAACAGAGAACCGCCCAACAGGAAGAGCAACUGAAGACACUAAUACUGGAGCGUGACUUUGAGCGACGAGCUCAAGAAGUGGAGGAGCACGAAGAUGAAAGCGAACCCUCAUACGAGAAAGAGAAUGUGCAAGAAGUUUUACGCCUACAUACGGGAGCCAUACAAACGCCGAUAACGAAUUUCCGACAAACAGAGAUAAAAAUUGCGUCUGUGCUUGAUAAUGUGGGCGGAGCAAACAACAGUGCUGCCGGUUCGUUAGAGGCGUCGCCUUUGUCAUCGGCGCGCAAUUCAGCAGCCGGCGGAUCGGAUGUGGCAUCCGUACAACAGCAACCGCCACCUUUGCCAAACAAUCCACCGCCUGUAACGGGAGCAGCCUCGACUACAGUGAUGCAACCUAAAAGUAUACUGAAAAAUAAUCGUUAUGAUGGAGCCAGCGGCACCGCACCAUCCUCGCCAUCCAAAUCGCAAAAAUCGACUAGUUUCGCAGAUGAUCGACAUUUACAAACCGAACAUCCCAUCUCAAGCUUGGCCAAAGACAUAUCACAAAUGUCAAUCAGUAAUUCAGUCCCAACUGGCAGCUACUCGCCUACAACAGCCGCUGGAAGCUCUCCACCACAGGAUGCAAAUGCGGACAAUUCAAGUGUUCCACCACCUCCGCCACCAGAGCGCAAUAGCUCCUAUCUAAUCAUGUCACAGCAAAAACUUCGAAACUCCUCCAUCGGUCUGCUAAAGACAGCCACGAGCAAUUCUGCGGAUUUACUCAAUCAAAACCAGAACUUAGUGAAGAAAGCGAAUCUAUUGAACAACAAUGCCAUCGCAAAUAAUAACAACAACAGCAAUAGCAGUUUGAAUUCGCCCACAUCAUCGGCGCCGGCAACAAUGAACAGCAGCAUCGCCACUAUGGCGCAAACUGCAACAUUGGAACUGUCGCCAUCUGGUUUCAUGGGCAACAGCAGUGUGCUUCUGCGUGACAACAAACGUGUUUCGUUCCAUAACGAAGAGAACAACUACAUGAGCGGCGUGCAAUCGUAUGGAACGAGUGGAAUGGGGACGUCCUCUGACAUGUAUGCCACCAAUGUCGACUCUCAAAUGCCUCUAGAUCUGGAUGCCAUACUCGAAGACAGAAACCAUCGCGCACGUAUGUUUGACAACUCAGUUUUGGAAGCAAUGCCUACAACACCCGAUUCCGUGCUCUGGAAUACCAGCGUGCAAUCAACGCCUGGCGUUAUUGGAGCUCAAGAAGUUUACAGGGAUCCACGUCAGCGGCGACUUGCCGAGAAGCAGCAACAACAGCAGCAACGCAACACUGAAGCUGUACCAGAGAAAUUAUCCUUCAAAGAGAAGAUGAAAAUGUUCGCCUUGGAAUCGGGAGAUGAUCAUACGCCGAAAGACAAGCUGAAAAUCUCAAGAGCACAAAGAGAUAUUGAUGCUGUGCAUUGACUCGUGUACUCUCACAGCAGCACCCAAGCACGCUCACACACCAACGACACUUGUACACAAAAUUCUUAGAAUAUACUUAAUUAGAAGGAAAGUAAAAAAAAAAAUAAAUAAAAAAUAAAAAUUAAAUAAACAAAAACACAAAGGGAACCCCCGUAACGAAUUUGCUAAGCAAGGCAAUAAUGUCAAAUGUAAUUCAUUUUAUGAAAGGAAAGAAAAUAGAAUAAAAGUAUAAGCAAAAAAAAGAAAGCGAAUGUAAAUUAGAAUACAAUUAGAAAGAGCAAAAUGUUUAUUUAAUUUAGCUGAUUACCUUAAAUACAUGCACAGAACCAUUUAGUAGGUACAUACACAUACAUAUAACAAAAACAAAAAUAAUAAUAUUAAUUCUAUUGUGCAUUAAGUGAAAUGUGAAGUAUUUUAUUUGAGUUGUUGAUACUAAGAAAAAGCGAUUUCAAUUUUAUAAUAUUCUUUAUGUGUAGAUUAUUAGUCUUCGGAGUGAACGAAUAUGAUGGGAAAUAAUGAAUUUACCACUCGUAAUAUUUACCUACAAACUUUUAUUGAAAAUAGAAAACCUUCGUUAGUAUUCAUGUUAGUAAAAAUCAUAUUCGCUUCAACACUGAAGCUGUAAAACAAAACGCAAAAAAAAAAAACAAAAAAAAAACUAUUUUUUCUUAAUAAGUAACUUUAUUAAACAAAUGGUCCAUUUGCAAAACAACUUAUAUACACCAAUUAGCUAGUGUGUCUUAUUAUACACAAGCAUUCAUACAUGCAAAAUGUAUACCUACAUAUACAUGCAUACAAAUAAUACAAAUAUAACUGAGCGUAUAUUUUAUAUUCAAUUAUUGCAAAUGUAGUAUAUUUUUCGCAGCCUUAAUGUAAAACAUAAAUCAACAACAACAGCAAGAACACGAAUAUCAUUGUAAAGACAAAAGAAAACUUGAAAACUUGAAAACUUUAAUGAAAAGAAACGAAACACAAAAGUUUCUUUACUUUUACCUAUGGCUUUAAUGAAGAAAUCAUGAAUAAGGGAACAGAAUAUGAAAUUUAUUGUAUGUAAAAAUAAAACAAAAAAAAAUAAAA